AUGGUUUGGUGGGGGGACGGCUCGAGCGCGAGCACAGUGAAGUCGUCCGACGAACCAGAAGCGGACGCAAAAGAUCCCACCAAGACGCUUCCAAUCAUAGUGGACGACGAUACGCCUCCCGCAUUUCCUGCGCUGGAUAGUGCUCAGCGACAUCCGGAGGGCCGGACGCAGGCGAUGGCCCCGCCACUACACAGACCUUCAGGGAUCAGCCGCCUUCGUGCACCACCCCAGCAGGCACCAACAAGUCUUCUUGAUGCGCCUGUCGCACGCAAGAAGGUGGUGCUUGAACCAGGGUGCAGCCCGCUCGAUUGGGCGCGCUUGAAACAGUCGACGGACCUCCGUGGUGGCGUUUCAACGCUGCUCCGCGUGACGCCUAGCGAGCUCAAAAGGCACAACACCAUGGAAGAUGCUUGGACAGCUAUACAAGGCAAAGUUUACAAUAUCACGCCGUAUAUCCGCUUCCAUCCUGGCGGCCAAGACACGCUCAUGCGCGUGGCCGGCCGCGAUGGAACACGGCUGUUCUGUACGUGUACGCAGCUAAUCUAG